AUGGCAAUUGACGAUGCCUCGCCCCAGGCAGGCUCAUACCUAGGCGACAAUGCCUCGACCGCCAACCCUUCAACACAGACAACAAGCCCUACCUUCCGCCCACCGAACUUCGCAGGUCUCAAGAUCAAACCUGAGCUCCUCGUCCGCCCUGACCUAUUCACACUAUACUUCGGAUUUUUCGGAAACUCAAACUGGCAAAGCAUAGCCAAAGAAAGGAUCGUUGAGAGACUGGAGGGCACAUGGGUCAUGACUGGCCGCAAUCCCAGACAAGAGGAACUUGACGCAUUUACCGUACACACAACCAAGGGCAUGUACUACGGUCGAGCUGGUAUCCCGGUGUCUACUUUCAUCGGUGCAGCAUGGAUGUACAGAAGGGGAGCGAAAUAUUUCCCAGCCGGCGUCAAUGCGAAAGAGCGCUUGGUCUUGUUACGUCACAUCUUCCUCACCCAGAGGCAGGAGUUCAUGAGCGUAGCGUCCAGGGUUGCAUUCAGACUGUUCUUCAUCGGAACGCUCGGUGGAAUCCUCUCGGGUAUGGCGUCGGCGUACGUCAAUGUGGGUGGACUUCUUUCCGAUCCGCGGUUGGAGGAAUGGAGACGGGACUCGAAGGCUUCGAAGGAUGAGGAUAUUCGCAAGCGCAAGUUGCAACUUGCGAGUGAUUCCUAUCACAGGGCGCGCAAGUCGGUUGAGAAUAAGGUGCAAGUGGGAUCAUCUGACUAUGAUUCUGGUGUGUCUGAAGCUCGUGGUAAUGACUCUGGUAUGGGUGGCUUUGAACCGGCUCAGUCUCAACAGCAGUACGGCUACGGCCCAUCUUCUGAUAGCCCAUCCACAUAUGAAUCGCAGCCCUCUCAGUCACGCUCUUCCGAUUUCUUCAGUGCUAGCGACGAUGAUGCCAGCCCGACUGCUCCUGAAUACCGUUCUACAAACCCCGAUGGUUCACCUAUGAGCUCUUGGGACCGUAUCAGACAGCAGAACGCAUCAUCGAGACCUCAGCCCCCUAUGCGUCAAUCUCCCCAGGCAUGGGGUCAAUCGCAUAACCAACCUAGUUCCGACUCCGCUCCUGCUGCUGCACAGGACCGAUACGACUUCGAUAAGAGCCGUGAGAGAGAGCAGGCUCAGGCAGAAUUCGACCGGAUGAUGGAGGCCGAGAGGAAUGCCUCUGAUGAGUCCACUCGACGGGGCUGGGGAUCAUAA